AAACUCUCCUGACUCUAUCAAAAGGAUUAUAAGGAAAUGGACCUGAAAACAAACUAAAGGUCAUCUUUUUAACGUUAACUUUUAAGUGCAGACAAUCCUUUUGAUGUAAAGCUGUCCACCAAACAAUGAUGUCGUGCUACAUGUCUUGGCGUUCCUUUGCGGUGGCAUUUGUAGUUGCCCUUUUUCAUGACCUGAUUUCUGCACAAUUUCCUCGUCCGUGUGUGACUCCAGAAGCCUUAACCAGUGGAGAGUGCUGCCCUGGUCUUUUUCCCCAACAGUCUCCAAAUCCUGCUGACCAGUGUGGCUUUACUGUUGGCCGGGGGCUAUGUGUGCCAGUUACAGCAGACUCCAGACCUCAUGGACCCCAGUAUACACUUGAUGGUCUGGAUGAUCGUGAACUUUGGCCUCUCCGCUUCUUUAACAGGAGUUGUUUGUGUAAUGGACGUUUCUAUGGGUACAAUUGUGGAAGCUGCAGACCGGGAUGGACUGGUGACAACUGUGAUCAACCGCUUGUAGUUGUAAGAAAAAACCUUUUGGACCUACGCGCUGAGGAGCGCCAACGCUUUAUUAGUACACUUGACCUUGCAAAAAAUACUGUGCAUCCAGACUAUGUCAUUGCUACAAGGCACUACAACGAGCUCCUCGAUCAAGACAGAAAUACUACAAAUUUUGAGAACAUUUCAAUUUAUGACUUCUUUGUCUGGACACACUUCUAUAGUGUCAGCAAAACCUUUCUGGGACAGGGUCAAGGAAGUGCUGGUGGAAUAGACUUUUCUCAUGAAGGUCCAGCAUUCUUAACUUGGCACAGGUUCCACUUGAUGCAACUGGAGAGGGACAUACAGAAUCUUCUACAGGAUCCUUCUUUCGCUCUUCCCUUUUGGAAUUUUGCUAUUGGUGGAAAUGAGUGCGACGUCUGCACUGAUGACUUAAUGGGCGCAAGGAACAACUUUGAACAAAAUCUGCUGAGUCCAAACUCUUUGUUUUCUCAAUGGAGAAUUGUCUGUGAAAAUGUAGAAGACUACGAAAGCCUUGGAACUAUCUGCAACAGUACAACUGGUGGCCCAAUAAGGCGAAAUCCUGCAGGAAACAUUGACCGCCCCAUGGUGCAAAGACUUCCUGAAAUGGAAGAUGUGUUGCUCUGCUUGGAAGUAAAUUUGUUUGAUACACCACCAUUCUUCUCAAACUCUUCUGAAAGUUUUAGAAAUACAAUUGAAGGGUACAGUGAACCUUCUGGUCUGUACAAUCCUACUGUUAGAAGUCUUCAUAACCUUGCUCAUCUGUUCCUGAAUGGCACUGGAGGACAGACCCACGUAUCUCCAAAUGACCCACUCUUUGUACUUCUCCAUACUUAUACUGAUGCAGUAUUUGAUGAAUGGCUGAGAAGAAAUAAUCCAGAUUCAUCCCAAUAUCCACUAGAAAAUGCACCAAUAGGCCACAACCGACAACACAACAUGGUUCCCUUUUGGCCUCCCGUAACUAACAAUGAAAUGUUUGUAACCGCACCAGAAAACCUGGGUUAUUCAUACGAUAUCCAAUGGCCUAGUCGUCCACUGAACAAUACAGAGAUCAUUACUAUAGCAGUAAUAGCAGCCUUAGUUCUUGUGGCUAUAAUCUUUGUUGGUGCCACAUGUGCUGUUCGGCGCAAGAACCAGAAGAACGAGGUACUACAGCCACUCCUUGGUGAAUCUUACCCACGUUAUGCUGAAGACAAAGAAAACACUCAAGCAGUGUGAAAUCUAUACUAGAACUAUUGCCAUAUAGACUGGACACGUCCUUCACCAUUUUGUGUUUUGAAAUGGUUCUGCCCAAUUUUAAUGCCUAGAAAUCCUGCAUAGUUUUAGUGCCGUGCAGUGAUGUAGAUGUCCUUUUGUGGGCUUUCUGGCAGAGAAGUAAACUUUAGCUGAACCUUAAAUGUAUACUUUGAGCUCUUUUUUCAAUUGUAUUGUAUGCUCUUAUGUCCUGCUGGUGGGAUUUCAAGUGACCCAACCUGUAAGGAUGUAAAAAUGCCUAAUUUGUGUGGCGGAGGACUGCUUUUCAUCUGCAUAAAACUAUGAACAAUUUAGAACCUCUAAGUUGCUAUAUUGGUAAAUGUGUGAAUGCCAAAUCCAAAUAAAAAAAUAUUUUGACACUG